CCCAUUUUCUUCCUCACGCUUUCUAAAAAGUAAAAGUAUAAUUUCAAAAAGAAAAAAUAAAAUCAUUAAAAAGCAGACACGUACUUCAUUACGUGCCACCGUCUUACGACUCCAGAAUGCCACGAGUCGUUUCCUAAAUCCUACCCGAUAAACCGAACCACCGAAACCCAAUUAAAAACCCGGGACGCCAACCGCUUUGAUAUAAUAAUAAUAACUGAAAAUCUGAGAAAACAGAGAAAGAAAAACAGAGUAAGAUUAAGAAGAAAAAAAAAAAGGUUGUGCAAAAAUGAUGAAUUUGUUAGCUAUAAGUUUGAUUGCAACUUCAAUUGUAGUUUCUGGGUUAUUCUCACCAAAUCCACAAAACAACGGUGGGAAUAGUGACCAAAUCAUCGUUAAAGGAGGCCACAGAGCGGUUGUUGUUGAAUACGGCGAUGACGUCGGCGAUGGAAAAACAAAAGUUUCUAUUUCUUCACCAAAGUCUUCUGAAGGUACGGGUUCGGUCCCGAUUGAUGAGCAGAUUUCCCGGGCAGCAGCUUCGGUGGCGGGGGUUGCCCAAGACGUGAAGGGGAAGGCUCGUGAAGUGGUAACGGACCAAAAUGUGCCUCAUGGGGCUCGGCCGAGGGAGCUUAUAUGUGAUGCUUAUGGGAAGUGUAAGCAUAAGAUUGCUGGAGUGUGGAGUAAGACGAAAGAGAAGGCGGCCGAGGCGGAGGAGACGGUUGAGGAAGUGGUGGAGGAUGUAGUGUAUAAGGCUAAGGAUUUAGCUUCCAGGGCGGGUCAUAAGGCGGAGGAAAGCGCUGAGGGUGUUCGAGAUAAUGCGAGAAAAGCAGGGGAGGCUGCAGAGAGAGUGAAGGAUAAAACAGGUGAGAAGAUAAGAGAAACAGGGGAGAAAAUAAAAGAAAAAACAGGGGAGAAAAUGAGAGAAACAGGGGAAAAAGUGAGAGAAACAGGAGAAAUUGCAAGAGAAAAGGUGGAGAAAAUGAAGGGGAAAACAGAGGAAAUGGUGGAAGAAACAGGGGAGAAGAUUAAGGAAAAGGGUAGGAAGGGGAAGAAAGAAUUUUUCGAUAUCGCAAGGCGAGGGAAGGAAGUUAUAAGCGAUGCAAUGUGGUAUACAAGUUCAAUUGGGUAUGUUUUAGUGAAGGAGAUAUUGGGUUCAGUAUUGGGUGUGGCUCAAUUAAUGGGGAUUGCAACAGCAUAUGGGAUAGGAGUGUGGGUGACAUUUAUAAAUAGCCAUGUAUUAGCAGGGAUUUUGGGAAGACAGCAAUUUGGUAUGGUGCAGAGUAAGAUUUACCCUGUUUAUUUUAAGGCAAUGGUGGGGAGUAUUGGGUUGGCUUUACUUGGACAUUUACUGGGACACGGGGGUAACAUGUUUCAUAACAAGGCUCAUAUGCUUCAGGGUUAUAAUCUUAUGACUAGUCUACUUUUUGUUUUGGGUAAUUUGCUGUUCUUGGAGCCUCGUGCCACUAAGGCUAUGUUUGACAGGAUGAAACUAGAGAAAGAGGAAGGGAGGGGAAGAAACCGUACUGCCUCCCCUACAAGAGUCAUAGACACUGUGGUCACUGAUUCUGCUGGUCCUGUUCCAACAACCACCACCACGACCGCCGCCACCACCACCACAACACCACCGGAAAGCAUCACACCUGUGGGAAGAUCUGAAGAAGAUAAAGCCAAGUCCAAGCUAGCCAGGCUAGAUGAGAGACUGAAGAAGCUCAACUCAUUCUCAUCCCUUAUGAACAUCAUGACUUUGAUGGGUCUCACUUGGCAUCUCGUUUAUCUUAGCCAACGCCUUCGAGCAAACACUUGCUGAAUUUCCAUUACAUAUGAAUCAAGUUUUGAAGUUUGCUAUAACUGUGACUCGGUGGAUGUCCAUAUGUUUGUAUCAUGCUAUGUAUAUGGCUUUUUCCAGGGGUUUAGGGAUGUAUUUUCUGUUGUUUGUUUUGCAAAAUCUAACAGGUUUGAUGUAGCAGUUUGUGCAGAAUAACAGUUAGUCUUGGAUUUGUAGUUUCUUGUGAAUUUGUGAUGUAGUAAUGUUACAAUUUCUCCGAGUUCUAACUACUUGUAUGUGGUGUAGCAAUUUUA